AUGGCUGCUAGCAUUGCAUCAACUUCUCUCCUCGUGUCCAUGCUCUUUCUCUCUGGAGCCAUUGCCACUCCAAAAUUCGAUUUCUUCUCAAAAUUCGAUUUCUUCUACUUGGUUCUCACGUGGCCAGGAGCACCUUGUAGCAAAGGUAAUAUCUGUUGCCUUUCCACGACAGGUGCACCAGAGCUAGACUUUUACGUUAAGGACAUGCAUCCGUAUAAAUAUUGGUGGACAAUAUUCGGGUGGACCGGGCAGGACGUAACAGAUUGCAAUGACACUCCGUUCGUAGCUGAUGAGCUUGAAAACCAGACCAGACUCUACAUGGAUAAGUAUUGGGCGAACAUCAAGUGUCCAUGCAACAAUGGUCUGUCCAACUGGGAACACGUGUGGAGCAAGUUCGGUACAUGCUCGGGGCUGACCCAAAACGAGUACUUCGAGAAGACCUUGCAACUGCGGUCCAAACUCAACUUGCUCAUAAAGCUGAGAAAAGAACGUAAGCUCUUCGCAAUGCAUCCAUAUAGAAACUCACAGAAAUGCUCAAGGAUGCCGUCCGAGAUAUGA